UUUAGUAACUUUUCAGUCUUUGACUCGUGUACUAGACUUAGAGACAGACCAUCCAUUGUUAUCACAUUGAAAUGCUUAAAAAGCUAUUAUUUGUGGUGUUGUUUAGUGUAAUGGUGGCUUCAGUUAGUUUGCAGAAAUUCACUGAAGAUCUUACCGACGAUGAUGAUUCGAUUAUAUUUGGAAGAUCAUCCGAUAUUGCCAACGAGUUCUCUGAAGAAUAUAUAAAUUUUCUAAAAACUGGCCAUGAAUCGGAGAGCUUGAAGGCACUAUCAAACAAACUGGCCAAUAUGCAUACACUUAAAGAAAUCUUUACCACUAGCAUAGCCGAAUGGAAAACCAAAGAUCAACUCUUUAUGUGUACCACUUGUCAGGCUGUCGUCAAUAUUAUAACUCACAUGUUUCGCGAUGAGAAUGGGGAAUUGAAUGGUCCGAAUGCCGAAAGUAACACUAAAAACUUAAUGUUGGAACUUUGUCAGCGAUUUCAAUUGCAAACGCCUGACGUUUGCUCCGGUCUUUUCGAUGUCAAUUGGCCAACGGUACAUUACAUUGUAAUGAAUUCGAAAGCCGACGCUCGUUCCAUAUGUGGUCUAUUGCCUAUAUCGUUUUGCGUAGUGAAACAGGAGGAAUUCGAAUGGAGCGUAGAAGUUGACAAUACAACGGGACCGUUAACUAAACCAAAAGAUGAGAUUCCACAAAAGACUGCAAAUGAUUUAAGGAUUUUACAUCUUAGCGAUAUACACUAUGAUCCCGAUUAUAAAGAGGGCUCUCUUGCCGAUUGCGAAGAGCCUUUAUGCUGUCGUAAUGCAGACAAUAUAAAUAUUCCUGACCAACUUGGCGCAGGUCGUUGGGGGGAUUAUCGUGAUUGUGACGCACCUAUGCGCUUAGUUGUAAAUGCUUUGGAGCAUAUUCAAACUCAAGGCCAAAUUGAUUAUAUUUAUUAUACGGGCGACAUAGUACCGCAUAAUAUAUGGUCGACAACAGAAGAAAGUAAUAAAGAAAUUAUUACCGAAAUUUUUGAUUUGUUAUCGAAGCAUUUCGGAAAGACAAAAGUUUAUCCAGCGAUAGGAAAUCAUGAAGCUCAUCCUGCUAAUGUAUUUGGUAACGAAAAUGUUCCAUCAAAUUUUUCUUCUGUCUGGUUAUAUGAACACUUAUGGACUUUGUGGUCCGAUUGGCUACCUAUUGAGGCCAGAGAUACGAUAUUAAAAGGAGGCUACUAUACAGUCACACCGAGACCGGGUUUUCGUAUUAUCUCCUUGUCUAAUAUGGACUGUUAUAUAUUUAACUGGUGGAUCUAUUACAAUGGCAAAGAGACGAGCUUACCUCAGUUGCAAUGGCUGCAUGAUACUCUCUUGGCGGCCGAGGAAAACGGUGAACAUGUUCAUAUCUUGGCUCACAUACCUUCGGGCGGUAAAGAUUGUUGGCCGGUUUGGGCGCGUGAAUAUAAUCGUAUAAUUGAACGUUUCAGCCACGUUAUAAGCGGUAUUUUUAACGGUCAUACGCACAGAGAUGAAAUGCUUUUACACUAUUCCGAACGUGGUCAUCCUAUGGCCAUAUCUUGGAAUGGAGGAAGUUUGACACCGUACUCUUAUAAAAAUCCCAACUACAGGAUAUAUGACGUUGAACCUCAAACCUUUCAAGUUGUUGAUCAUGAAACUUGGAUUUUCAAUCUAACAGAAGCCAAUGAACAAGGUGACUUGGGUACUCCGCGUUGGUUUAAAGAAUAUCAUUUUUCAGAUUUUACUAACGAUUUAAGUCCGGCGGGUAUCGAUCAAUGGUUCAACUUUAUGGCCGAAAAUCCGGAUCUUUUGCGUAAAUUUUGGUCAUUCAAAGUGACUUUGGCUGAUCCCAAAUUGUCGACUGGCUGCAAUAACAAAUGCCUUUCGGAUACCAUCUGUCAGCUGGCUGUGUCAGCCAAUAAUCAGAAAGGACGUUGUCAAGAAUUACAAUCGAUAUUAGAAACAAAAUUGCAAGAUGAAACCACAACAACGACAACAACGGUUCCAGAUGAAGGCGGUGAUAAUGGAAGUGCUGCUGCCACAAUAUCUGCUGCUGUAACAAUAAUCGCAUUAAACAUCGCACACUUUUUUAAAAAGUUUUUAUUUUGAAAACUAUAUAUACUGCUCGCUAAUAUUAUUUUUACACACAUACACACAUACACAUGUAC